AUGAUUUCAAAGAUGUCCAUGUCCUUCUCCAAUAACACCAACCAACCCUCAAGUUCUUCUAACCUUCCAUUCCAACCCCAACCAAACCCAAAGGGCAGUCUCAACGCCAUCACACUACGGUUGGGAACUACAUUGGAGGAGAUACCUCCAAGGGUCUUGGAGGACAUUCAUGAGGAAGAAGUGGUUGUUGAAGCUCCACAUGAUGAGGAGGAGGUAGACAAAAGGCAUGAGGAAGAAGGAGUAAACCUCAAGGAACCCAAGAGGAAAGCUCUAGUGGAUGAGUCCAUCCUUAUUCUAUUCCCUUCCAUGGUGAAGAAAGCAAAGAAGACACCGGAAUUUGAUUUGAACAUGCUUCAAGUGUUCAAGAAGGUUGAGAUGGAACCUAUUCCAAAGAAAUGUGGUGACCCUGGGCCUUGUUUGGUGUCUUGUUGUAUUGGUGGAUGCACUUUUCAUGAUUGUAUAUGUGACCUUGGAGCUUGUGUAAGCAUCAUGCCGCUUUUUACCUUUGUGCGGUUGAAUUUAGCUCCAUUAAAGAAGUCGGUGGCGAGGUUUGCCUUAGCCGAUAAAAGUGUGAUCACGGUAAUAGGAAUAGCCAAAGAUGUACUUGUGGCGAUCGAGGAUUUGGUUUUUCUGGUUGAUGUUUACAUCCUUGAAAUGCCUCCAACAGAAAAUAGAAGCUCAUCCUCCAUUCUACUUGGUAGACCCUUCCUUAAGACCUCUAAAUUCAAGUUAGAUGCCUUCACCGGCACAUAUUCCUUUGAGGUUAGGGACAAGGCUAUCAAGUUCAAUCUGGAAGAAGUCAUGAAGCAUCCUCCUGAAAAGUAUUCCGUUCUCUGA